CACAGCUUCCUGUUGAAGAAUUAGCAAAGGAGAUUGGUAUGAGCAUCUAUGAGUCUAGCCCAGGGACUCAUGCCUUCCUCAUAGUUUUACGAGUGAAUGACAGGUUCACAGAGCAGGAGAAACAAGCUAUUGAAACUCUAGAGAGUGUGUUUGGGUCAGGACUGACAAAGCACUCCAUCAUCCUCUUCACCCAUGGCGAUGCUUUAGAGGGUAACGGUCUAGAGAAGCUGAUUGGUGGGAACAGAGACCUCAGUAGAUUGGUAGAGCAGUGUGGGGGGAGGUACCAUGUCCUCAACAAUAAAGCCAGAGGAAACAGAGCUCAGGUCACAAAGCUGAUGGAGAAGAUAGACAGAAUAGUGGAGGACAAUGGAGGAACCUGCUACACCAAUGAGAUGUUUGAGGAGGCAGACAGGAUUAAGAAAGAGGAGGAGGAGAGGAUCCAGAGGGAGAUAAGGGAGAGGUUCAAUAUGGAAAGGAGGGAGAUGAGGGAGGAGGAGGAGAGGAUGCAGAAGGAGAGAGAAUGUCAAGAGGAGAAAAAGCAACAAGUUCAGAAAGACACAGAGAUAAAUGAACAUACAAUUAGAAGAGAAGAAGAGGAAAACCAGGUAACAGGAACCGGGCAGCCAGAACAUGAGAAUGAUCCUACAAAUCAAACUUCAGCUCUUGCCUCAAGGUCAGUCACUCAGCAUCUGCCCCAGCCUACAGCCCAAGCCACAAACACAAAGUCAAAAUUCAAAAUUUUUAUGGACAAAGUCAGUGCAAGGAUUUGUGAAGCACUGAUAGGUGCAGGGAUUGGAGCUGCCAUAGGAGCUGGCAUAGGAUAUGGCAUAGGAUAUGGCGUAGGAGGUGGCGUAGGAUGUGUUGUAGGAGGUGGCGUAGGAUGUGUUGUAGGUGGUGUUGUAGGUGUUGUAGGUGGAUUAAUAGGCUUUGGAUUUGUUCGUUCAGUCGCAAUCUGACAGUCAGGAACUUGCUUCAGCUACUCCUACUGUAGAAUCAGGAGUGGUGGAACAAGGACCCAAUUGUCAUACUUGAGGAAAAGUAUAAAUACCUUAAUAGAAAAUGACUCAAGUAAAAGUGAAUUUUGAUGUUCAUUUGAUUGAUCUGUCAACUAACGUGAAUUCAAAGUGAAAUGAACAAAUAUUGUAACUAUGUCAUUGGAUAUAGGUUUCAAGGGCGAAAAAAAAGUUCAAUCCCUGAAAUUCCCUUACAUUGAUGACUUCUUGCAAAGCCAUCAAUGUAGGCUGGCUCUGGCUAACCCAUCGAUUUAUGGGACCAAUCAGAACGUGUUCGCAUUCUAGAAAUUGUCGGGGAGGGAGGCAAAUCCAGACUCAUUGUGGAGAAGAAACGUCAGUUGGCCAGAGUGAUGUAGAUGGGAAGACAGACAAAUGUUUUAUAUGAGGUUGCACCAAUUCAAAGUUGGCACGUGCACCAGAACAACAGAUAAAGACAGCAAAGUAAAGCCAGAGUGCCGGAGACAGACAAGUUGUGUGCUAUGUACACACAUGUAUGCUAUGUGAUGUUUGCCAAGUAGUGAAUGGUAGAAAUCAGGUGGGGAGUAUACUCAUGUUUAAAGUGUUAGUUCACAUAACAAAUAUUUAUCUGUUUUCUCACUAGAUCCAGAUCCGUUUUUUUAUUCUGGCUAUUUCAUUGCCUUCUCAGCCUCUCUCAUUUCCAUACAAGUUAAGCCUAAAAGCUUCAGUCCAGAUUUGUGUUUCAGCCAAAUGGGAGCCCCACUAGGCCUACAUGGUUAACUAUUAAGCUGGUGGAUGAGGCUGGAGAAAUGAAAUGAAUAGAUGGACCUAUUGUCAGGGGUGCACCUAGGGGUCAUGAUAGGGGCUGUACCAAAUGUUUGAUGUAUAAUAAUAACUGAUUAUGCUUAUGUGGAUUAAUAGAAGGGGAGGGGUUAUAAGACCCCUCCCUCCUUACAUUUAUAGGGUCCUAGACUACAGAUUAACAAUAUAUAUACACUAUGGGGUUUAAUAUUGUUCCACAGUACUUUUCUAGGCUCUCUGCCUCUUAUGAAGAAACUGUCUGAGCAAUGUGUGACUGUGAAGACAGAACUCUGCAGGUGAGUGUAAGAGGUAGGAGACUAGUCAGACAUUCCACUAUAAAUCAAUUUCAACAUUUACUGCUAAGCUUUUAGAUAACACUGAAACUGUUGUUUAUAUAGCUAUGAAGGCAUGGGUUUGGUCUCAUGAGUAGAAGGUAAUGACGUAGGCAGUGACAUCACUAAGAUAUAUG